AUGGGCAUUGACCUCGACCGCCAUCAUGUUCGAGACGGGCACCGCAAGGUGCCCAAGUCCGACAACCCCUACGUUAAGUUGUUGGUGCGCCUUUACAAGUUCCUGUCCCGCCGUACGGAUGCGCCCUUCAACAAGGUUGUCCUCCGCCGUCUCAUGAUGUCCAAGGUCAACCGUCCCCCGGUCAGCUUGUCCAAGAUUGUUGCGACUGCCGCCAACAAGCACUCCGCGGCGACGCACGAGGGCAAGACCAUUGUCAUCGUUGGCACCGUCACUGACGACAACCGUCUCCUUGAGCUCCCCAAGCUCUCCGUGGCCGCUCUCCGCUUCACUGCCUCCGCCCGUGCCCGCAUCGAGAAGGCCGGUGGUGAGGUCCUCACCAUCGACGAGGUCGCUACCCGCUUCCCCACCGGUGCCAACACCCUCCUCCUCCGUGGCCCCAAGAACUCUCGUGAGGCCGUCAAGCACUUCGGCAUGGGUCCCCACAAGAACAAGAAGCCCUACAUCCAGAGCAAGGGCCGCAAGUUCGAGCGUGCUCGUGGACGCAGGCGGUCGCGUGGUUUCAAGGUCUAA